AUGCCAACGUCUAGUUUUAGUUUAUAAUGUGAACAUUUUGAAAUAAAUUAAAAAAGAUUUUAAUUUUUUCUUGAAACAAUUAUGGCAAGAGGACCAAAGAAACACAUGAAAAGAAUCACAGCACCCAAAAGUUGGAUGCUUUCAAAAUUAGGAGGAAAUUGGACCACAAGACCAUCAUAAGGACCUCAUAAAUUGAGAGAAUCAAUUCCACUUUCUGUCAUAUUGCAACAUAAAUUGAAAUAUGCCUUGUAUGCUAGAGAAUCUACCAUGAUACUUGCUGAUAAGGACGGCAACAUUAAGGUUGAUGGAAAAGUGAGAACUGAUAGUGGAUAUCCAGUCGGAUUAUAGGAUGUCAUCACAAUUGAUAAAACAAGAGAAAGUUAUAGAGUUUUAUAUGAUGUUCAAGGCAAAUUCAUCUUAAAAUCCAUCAAACCAGAAGAAGCUAAAUUCAAACUUGUCAAAGUCACCUAAAAGAAGGUUGGUCCAAACAAUGUUCCAUACAUUGUCACCAAUGAUGCCAGAACCAUCAGAUAUCCAAAUCCAGAUAUCCAUGUUAAUGACACUCUUAAAAUCGAUUUAGAAUCAGGAAAGGUUGUUGAAUUCCUCAAAGAAGAACCAGGAAAUUUAUGUUACAUCAUUGGAGGUAACAAUAUUGGAAGAGUUGGACUCAUUCAACACAGAGAAAGACAUCUUGGAUCAUUUGAUAUUGUCCAUGUUAAAGAUUCUAACGGAAAACACUUCUCCACCAGAAUCAACAAUAUCUUCACUAUUGGUAAAGGCAAAAAGUCAUUGAUCUCCCUCCCAGACGAUAAUGGUUUGUAUUUGACCGCACUUGAAAAAAAAUAAGCCAAAGAUCACUAGGAAGUUGAAAAGUAAUGAUGAUUCAUUAAAACAUAUCAGUAUAGUACAAAAUUAUAUAUCUAAUCAUUCAUUUU